CGUCACAGGUACCUUGGCCGUGAGUGGGGUGGCAGGGUUGGCAGUGAUCACUGUCCCCUUUUAUGAUUUUGACCGAGGGUCAGAGGAGUUAGGUGGUGUAACCAGAGGCCACAGUGACCUGAAGGCACUUACCGUUUUUCUUACCAGGUAGGAGAGAGCAUGUCUUUUCGAGGCGGAGGUCGUGGAGGCUUUAAUCGAGGUGGUGGAGGUGGCGGCUUCAAUCGCGGCGGUGGCGGCGGCAGCAGCAACCAUUUCCGAGGUGGAGGCAGCGGCAGUUUCAGAGGUGGAGGCGGCGGCAAUUUUAGAGGCGGCGGUGGCGGCAGAGGCGGAUUUGGACGAGGCGGUGGCCGUGGAGGCUUUAACAAAUUCCAAGACCAAGGGCCUCCGGAACGUGUAGUUUUGUUAGGAGAGUUCAUGCACCCCUGUGAAGAUGACAUCGUUUGUAAAUGUGUCACAGAUGAAAAUAAGGUGCCUUACUUCAAUGCCCCUGUGUAUUUAGAAAACAAAGAACAAAUUGGAAAAGUGGAUGAAAUAUUUGGACAGCUUAGAGACUUUUAUUUUUCAGUUAAAUUGUCAGAAAACAUGAAGGCAUCUUCCUUUAAAAAACUACAGAAGUUUUAUAUAGAUCCAUUUAAGCUGCUGCCACUGCAGAGGUUUUUACCUCGGCCUCCAGGUGAGAAAGGACCUCCAAGAGGCGGUGGCAGGGGAGGUCGCGGAGGAGGAAGAGGCGGAGGUGGCAGAGGCGGGGGGAGAGGCGGUUUUAGAGGAGGAAGAGGAGGAGGUGGAGGCUUCCGAGGAGGAAGAGGGGGUGGUGGUUUCAGAGGUGAGUGUGGAAAAAGUCUUUAAAUGACUGAAUUUUAUAAUUGGUAUUGUCUACCAUUUUCUGUUACCAUUUUCUGUUUUUACUAAUUAAUGCUGGUUGUUUCUCUCUGCCAGGAAGUAUAUAGAACAUUGUGUUGUCCCUAGCUUUCACCUAAUUUAUGACUUCAUUUUAUAUCACUCUUUCUUGCUUUUCCCUUUUUUUGUUGUAUUUAUUUUAUUUUUUUCACCUACUUCUAAUCUGGGCUGUUUGGGUCUAGAUAGGAGGUAAUCUCUUAUCACAGAGUUUGCUAUGUUUUUUGUAUACGUUGAGGUCACCUUAGUCUUUUAAAAACUAAAAUAUUAAUAUCUGUCACAGAAUUGAUUAGGUUUAUAAACCCCACUCCUUACUAUUUAUUUUUGUUUUACUAUUUUUAUUACAUUUUGUAUACCAGGUGAUCGUUUCAGAAAUGAUAAUUUGAAUCAUGCAAAAUAUUUUAUUAAAAGGUAAUUUUAAAAAAUAAAAAAGAUAGUAUGAGUGUUGGUUGAAUUUGAUAUAAGUAGAUUUGCUUAACAUGAUAGGAACUAAUGCUGAUUUUAAACUUGAGACUAGGAUAACAGUGCCUUAAAAAUUAUUUUUCUACCCUCUUAAUACUUUAAUUUUCUCUUAAACAGGGAGAGGACAUUAAGUGUAACAGUGGACAGACAGACUUCACCGUUUGACUUCUUCAUUAACCUGCAUGAUCUCCUUCUGCUUGUUUCUUAAGCAAGUGUGGAAGAACCGGUCAUUCUAUGAGGGUGGAAUUACAGUGCCAACAUCAUGCAGAAAUGAGGGCAAUCGAGUGGUUACUCUCGCUCUAAAAGAGCAUGAACUCAGUCUUUUAUGUGAUGUCUUGUGCUCUGGAUGCUUAGGAAAGGGACAGGAGUUUUCUUUUGACGCCUAUUUGAAUUUUUAGAAUAAAGUUUUUUAUUCCUUUAAGUUAUUUAGAGCUGUGUUUAUAAAACCUAGUCUGUUUUUUCACUCUGGAAGGAACAAAUAAAGCUUACAUCCAGUAGACUGCAGACAUCUGUUAUGGACCUUUUCAAAUAGACUACUGUAGUAGUAAUACUUAAAAGUUAACAUUAUUUGUGAAUUAACACCUUCUUUUGUAUAUGACAAAACUUGGUACCGUUUGUUGUAUUUGUCUUUUGUAUAUUAAUGCACAAUACAUAUUACAUAGUACAUCGUACAUGAGUUAGAAAAGUGGUUUUCUAAGUGCAGUUAGUCGUUGAUUAGAGAAUGUUGGUAAUAUUAAUCUAUGAAAGUCGAGCAUUCUGUUCAGAUGAGAACCACAAUUCAAGAAAUUUCUGAGGAAAUGCUUAAUUUUUUUCAUUCAAUGUAGAUAGAAUAUUGAAAGUUUUUACUGAAUACUCUUUUACCUUUUAAAAAAAGUAACUCUAAAGGCUUAAGAUGUUAUUUUCCGUAAUUAAGAUUGGAUUGCCUACUACAUGUUCAGAUUCCUGGGCUGUGAUGUUACAAAUGAAAUUAGUUUUGGUCACUAUUGUUAGUGUAGUUUUAGAGGCUUAAGAAAUAAUGCAGUUUAGAAUACCCUGAUAUGUUGUCUACCCUCCAUUGACUGUUUUUCCCCCUGCACAUGUUAUUCCUCAGAAGGAAUGCUGUUUCCGUUGUUAAGUUUUUUAGUAUACCGUCCCUCAUUCUUCAGUGCUUAUUUGAGCAGCAUGGUGAGAAUUACUCUAACACAGGGAGAAGUGGUUGUGUUUUUAUACCCUAGGAAAGGGAGGGGGUGUUUAUUUCAGAAUAUGUGGGAUGACAUUUUCAAUGACGGGGCAGGGUUUUUAUUCUUGGUUUGUAAAAGGUAAUUUAUUAUUUUUUUGUUAUAUGUGCACCAGAGGGGUGAUGGACAUUAUCCCAAAGACAAAUAAUAGUGCAACAUUCCCAAACUUUUUUUUUUUUUUAACAUUUUCAAAAAAAUCUAAAAUGGCAAUGGAUAGACAAAUCACUUGGAGUUUGUACCUUUGUCCUUAGAUACAUCUUGGGUCAUUGGUCUCUUUAAAUUUCUGUUUCCACGUCUUCUUUUUCUUUUUCUUCAUCAUAGUGGUUCUUUCUGAGUUUCCUCGGGGCAGUAGUAUUGAGUCAAGUUCCUCUUUUUAGGAACCUUGCAUUAAUGAAUUUGGUAUUGUGGUAACUAUCACUGAGUUCCAUUGUGAAGAUGACUUUGAUGAUUAUUCACGUUUUAAAUCUUCUGAGUUGAUAACUGAUUAAUAUUCUGAGUCCCUACCUCAUGUUAAGAAGCACUUGCUGCCAUGGCAACGAGACAGUUCGGUGGAAUAACAACAUUAGUAUUUCCUGGUAUUUCUGAAAAAUUGGAUUGGCCGUCGGCCCACUGAGGAGAGAUGGGAAAUUAAAGCACUGUGGCCAUACAAACAUUAAAAUAUGCUUAUAUAGUUACAUUUCUUAGUAUUUCUAAGCCACAUCUCAAAAUAGCUUUUUUGUAUGGAGCAGUUCUGCUCUGUCCUGUAGGGUCGCUAUGAGUCGGAAUCGACUUGACAGCAAUGAGUGUUGAGUUUUUUCGGUACCGUGGAGAAGGCAUGAGAAAGCACAUUGCAUGUCCCUGUUCUACUCAUCUGUAAAACCUGCAUCUAUAGCACAGAACUGACCAUCUUUGGGAUUAUUUUUCUUCAGUUCUCGAAAAUAAUUGUUUAUGGCAAAUUUAAACAAAUAUUCCCAUUGCUGUUGAGUCGAUACCGACUCAUAACAACCAUACAAAUGGUAGAACUGUGUGAUCUGUUACAGAAAAGGAAAAGAUUAUGACCCAAAGCAUGUAAAAAGUUUCUUAAAUUUUUAUUUUGCAUGCUGAGUACAAAAAAAAAAAAAAAGAAAA